AAAAGAUAAUAUAAAUACAAUACAUUGGAGUGUCAUUAUCAGAUAUUAAGUGGUUGUUGAGAAAAUGUGUCGUUUAAUUGUGACCCUUUUAUUAUUUUUGUGGGUGAAGUUUGGAUUUUGUUACGUAAAUCUUGCUGAUAUAGAAUGUGGGGUUCAAAGUGCUCGUCGGGGGCGCAUCGUGGGAGGCACGGAGAGCUUGCCUGGGGAGAUCCCCUGGGCAGCCAGCGUGUGGCGGCAGGGCACACACCAAUGCGGUGCAACAGUCAUCAACGACAGGUGGCUGUUAACAGCCGGUCACUGUAUUUGCAGUGUCUUCGAUGAGUUUUACAAGUCUAAACAAUUAACAGUGGUCGUGGGUUACACCGAUAUCUCCUACAACGAUGUUAACCAACCGCUAUCAAGAAUUAUACCUCAUCCUGAAUACAGAUGUAAUAGAAAAUCAAAUGACGUAGCUCUAUUGAAAACGGUUAGACAAAUGAUUUGGAACAGCGAUCUCAGACCGGCGUGUUUGCCGCAAGCCUCGUCUUCCGACUUCAGUGGUACACCGGCUGUAGUAGCAGGAUGGGGCUUUACUAAUGAAGAUAGGGGUAUAGGAUCAAGACCAAAUGUUUUGCAGAAGACAGAUGUGUUUGUUGUCACAAAUGAUGAAUGUAAUAACUGGUACGAGUCACAGGGCAGCAAGAUUAAGAUCAUAUCGACUCAGAUGUGUGCAGGACAUGAACAGGGAGGCAGGGACUCCUGCUGGGCUGACAGUGGCGGUCCUCUUAUGGUGCGAGGAAAUAAAGGUCACUCAAUGGUGGUAGGAGUGGUUUCAACAGGCAGUGGCUGUGCUCGAGCUAAGAUGCCCGGUAUUUACACAAGAGUAUCCAGAUAUACGGAUUGGAUUGUUGAGAAUGUCAACAAUGAUAAUUCAAGAUCCAUCUUCAGUUUAUUCUCUAGGAGAGGAUGA